UAAAUAUUUGUUUAAGAGCAAUCACUAUUGCUGAAAGCAAAAACUUGCAUUGGUAGUACCCAGAAGGCUUAUCGCCUGAGAGGAUAAUGAAUACUUUCAUACUCCACAUAUGGUAUUGGCUCAUGUUUUACUCAUUCAAGCAGGCUUAUACACAAUACAAUGAACAAAGAGUGGUACAAGGUCAAUACUCAACCAUUUCGGUGUUAGUGUGACGAGCAGCACCGGAGCGGGAGGACUUGUGUCGGUUUUACUCAGCCAUUACGUACCUGCGAACAGCAUGAUAUUUGUGAAAAAUUUGAGGUUAUUCUACUUCCAAAACGUUUUGUUUGCCAUGUUAUUUUCCGAAAUAUUCAGUGUAUCUUACCAACCAGAAUCAAGGCGAGUGAAUAAAUGUUGAUCAAUGGCUUGAAAAUGUCUCAUUUCUGUCACUUUUCUGCUCUGAUUCUUAAAUCAGGACAAAUAUUUAUCCGCAAUCGUCGCCACCCGAAAAUGGACAUAAAGUCAUCGGCUUAUUCUAUUCUUUACAUGCUGCAAUGGCGUCCGUACGACAAGAAGAAGUGCAACUUGACCUUAAUCAAACUCUUUCAGGAACAAUCGCGUUGAGUCUAGAUAAUACUGUCUGCUAUGAAGAUCUGGGAUGUAUUACCCGCUUCUCGUUUGCCGACCCACUUUUGUGGCCAAUUAAUUUGUUGCCCGAGCCCCGGGAUAAGAUUAAUACGCAUUUCACCCUGUACACCAGAGAACAACCCUACAAUACAGCAAAUUUUAUUCCAAUAUCGGCUAAAGACCCAAAUGGAAUAAUGGAGACGUCUUUCAAAGCUACUCGCCCAACGAAAUUUUAUAUCCAUGGAUGGCACGCUACCGGGUACGAAGCCCGUUACCAAACCUUUGUAGAAAGAUUGCUGGCAAACAGUGAUGUCAACGUCGUUUUCGCUCAUUGGGGAGGAGGAGCGAACACAAAUUGCGAUCAGGCCCACGCUAACACUCGUCUCGUUGGCUUGGAAAUCGCAUUUCUUGUCAACACCAUGAUAGAUAAAUUGGGAGUCAAGGCUUCAGAUGUUCAUUUGAUUGGACAUAGCCUUGGAGCGCACACAGGAGGCUACGCCGGAGAAAAAAUAUUUCAGCUGGGCCGAAUCACAGGUUUAGAUCCUGCCGCACCCUAUUUUCGUGGAAUGUCUCCUUUUGCUUGUUUGGAUCCUUCGGACGCUCUUUUUGUUGAUGCGGUUCACACCGACGGUGGUUUCUUAGGUAUUUAUCGCCCUGUGGGUCAUCUAGACUUCUACCCCAAUGGUGGCUUAGUUCAGCCCGGUUGCAAGCCUCCUUCUUGGCCACCUAGUACGAACGACUCGAUACUCUCUUGCGAUCAUGUGCGGGCCAUUUACCUGUACAGCGAAUCGUUUCUAUCCGACGACAGCUGCCAGAGCAUAGGAUAUGAGUGCUCCGAUUACGAAUCCUUCAACAAAGGUCAUUGCACAACUUGCGGAUCAGACAACACUCAGUGCGCUCCUUUUGGUUUGCAAGCCAAUACUUUCCCGAUCGGCGACAGGAUCAACGUCAAAAUUUUCUUUAACACCGGACCCAACUUCCCAUUCUGUAGAUACCACUACGCAGUCAACAUCAAUUUGGCUAAACCACAGGAAGCUAAGGAUCACAUCAAAGGAAAACUUCGAUUAUCUGUUAGUGGAGAUCAAGACAUUUUGCGAAACAUAAAACUUCCGCUGACAUAUUUAAAACAUGGAGGAGAUAACACAUUUCUCUUUGCUGUCCCAACUAACGUGGGUCGAGUCGAAAAAGUCAAUCUUCGUUGGAAGUACGCGAUGACGGAUUUGCUGGAUUGGCUGGAUGGGACUUGUUAUUUGGGGUUUUGUAAUCAAAGACUCUACGUUAACAGCGUUACGAUUUCGGAACUGAACAACUACCCUGAAGAGAAAAGAAUCGCCAACACUUUCAAGAACUGCCCGCAAUCUGUGCCCGGCGUCAUCAGAAAUCACUGUAAUUUGGAUUUCACCAUCGGAAAUAGUUGCGUGAAAACAUUUCAGCUACAUUUUACAUGGUUUCCGCUAUCGUGGUUUACUCGUCAAUCAGACCCGAGCACAAUUACAUCUCACUAAUUUAAAAAUGUCUUACUUAAAAUAGACUGAUGUGACUGUAGUUAGUAGCAAGCCUUUUUUCUAAUAGAAACGAAGGGUUUUUACGUUUGACGUUCACCCGAGCACAAUUCCAUCUCAUUAAUUUAAAUAUGUUUGCUAAAUUAUUGCGCAGGACUGUGUCUUAUUUAAAAUAAACUGAUGUGACUUUAAGUAGGAAGCCUCUUUUCUAUUAGAAACGAAAAGGUUUUUACGUUGGAAAACGCUCUUGUGUAUAAAAGAUACACGACAAACUAUAGAACACUA